UGUGGUUGCGUUUAAAUUGACUUGUGGUAACACACACAUACUCGAUGGAAAACCCGAACCUUAUUAUAUUACUCGGCAUCCUGUGCGCCCUGCUCAGUCCACAAGGCGACGGCGGUGCAUUGGCUGUAUUUUGGCCAUGUGAAAGCGAUGCGGACUGCACAGCUGAUGGCUCUAGCUGUGACCCAGACACGAGUCUAUGUGAAUGUCCCAGUUUCGAUGAGGUCUUCUCCGAGAACUAUACGCAAUGCCUGACGACCUCGCUGAUUGGUGACGCAUGCCAAGACUCAGUUCAAUGCAAUCUUAUGCCAACGGGAGCCAGUUGUAAAACCGGGGUCUGCGAUUGCGCCGAUGGCCAAAUCUAUCUGCGUGGCAAGUGUAGGCCAGUGAAUGGACUCAACGAGCCCUGCGAAACGGACUUGGACUGCUAUUUUGGCUACGAUCGAGCAUCCGUUAGCUGUCAGGAUAGCGUUUGCGCCUGUGCAAAUGGCUAUUAUCACAGAUAUGGAAACAUAUGCCGUCGCAAAUCAAUGGAAAAAAACGAUGCUUGCGUCGUUGAUGCGGACUGUGAUGCACUGGGCGCCGGUGCCGCCUGCGUGGGUCUAAUAUGUAACAUUGUAGAUGAGCAGACCACCACGCCCGAGGAUAACGGUACUGGGACCACAGCAGAGGAUAACGAAACAACCGAAAACGAGACCGAACCGAAUCCAGAUACAACAGAACCGGAGUCCAGUGCCACAACAAUUAUACCCAAUAGCUUGGUGCGCGAAAAAAAGCAAUUUGCCAAAGCUUUUGUUCAUGCCACGCCCACACAUAAAGAUGCCGCCGCCCAGGCUACACUAUUACUGACCAAUGGCGAUGGUGAGUUCCGGUUGACGCCACGUCAUUCCCGUGAAAUAGCCGUCCAGACGAGCAUCGAGAAAUACGAACUCAAAGAGCUGGGGCGCAGUUUUCGAAAUGUGGCCACAGCUACGACAACCACCUCGACUAGCGCCAGCAGCCGGCACACCUCCACCAAUACCCAGAACUAUCGUCGCCGAUUACCCGCCAUCUUUCGCUAUGAUAAUGAGGAUAUUAAAACAUAUUCCACGCUGGGAUCAAGUCGCGAUGACGACGAUGUCGAUGACAAAAAAUACGGCAGCAGCUGCACGGAUAAUGGCAAAUCAUGCACCGGCCUGGCCCACUCGAUCUGCACAAACAAGAUCUGCCUGUGUAGACAGGGCUAUUAUCCGCGGAAUGGUAAAUGUUUUGCAGAGCUCGGCGAGAUAGCGGAGAGCAGCGACGAAUGUGAAUAUGAGUUUGAUCAUUUGUCCAAGACUUGUAUAUGCCAAAAGAACUAUUUCUACGAACGCGACCUGCGCAACUGCAGAAAACCCAUUCAGUAUCACCUAUCCUGCACAUCGAACAGCCAAUGUAGUCCCUAUGGAGCCUCCUAUUGCCAUCCGCAGAUACCCAGACGCUGCACGUGCGAGGAGUACGCACAGUACAAUGAAAUCUCGCAGCUCUGUGAGUACAAGGAUGGCUUGGGUGCCGAGUGUGAGUCAAACGAUGGCUGUGUUGUGGAUCAUUCCAUUUGCUCAAAUCGCUUCUGUGUGUGUCGCGACAACUAUUUCGAGAAGAACGAAGCUUGCGUGCCAGGCAUUGGAGCCGAAUGCUCAGAGGAUGAUGAGUGCAUGGCUGAGAAUACGGCAUGCCUGGAUCGCAGCACUAGCAACUCAGCCAAAGAUUCGGAGCCGACGCGCUCCUGUCAAUGCCGCAAGGGGUAUGUGCACUUCAAGGAUGAAUGCCUCAAGGAAGCCGUGGAACUGGACGAUGAAUGCAUCGAUGAUGAGCAGUGUAAACCCCUUCUGGCCAGCUGCAAUGCGGAAGGCAAAUGUGGCUGCACCGACGAGCAGCACGAGAAGAACGGAAUUUGUGAAACGAAACGCCUGCUAAACGAGCCCUGCACAAAAGCCACAGAGUGUUUUGUUGAAAAGGAUCCUGAGAAUGUGGAAUGCCGCAACUCCGUCUGUCAGUGUAAAUUUGGUUAUCAGGCCAGCACUGAGCAGAGGCAAUGCAUACGUGUAAUGCCCAACAAAAAGAAUUCUUCCGGUAGGCCCAGCGCUCUUAAAAUCAUCACAUUCGUAUUGAUAGGCUCCGCUUUUUUGAUAACCAGCGCGGCCAUUAAGCAGGCGUAUUACUAAAUGGAAAACUUCUCCCCCGCACCCAAAAGCAACUUUUUUUGUAUUAUUUAACACAGAUUUAAUAUUAAUUGUAAAUGUUAAGAGUUGUGAACAAUUCCCUGUGCAUAUAUUGACGCCAUAUAAACUGGAUAAAACUGACCCGGUUGCAGUCUUUUAAGGCGCAUGCAGUAUUAAUCAAUAAGGCGUGGCAUGCAUAUAUUAAUUAACAUUAUAUUAAGCUAACAUAUAGAAUUUCAAGCAAUAAAUGAUAAUGCAUAAUCAGUGAGAUAUUUGCUCGCUUCUAUCAAUUAACUAUACCUUAAGUAAAACUUAAAAUUAAGGUUGAUCAAAUGUUGCGAAAUUGACAGCAAAAUUGUAAAAUAUGCGCUAAUAAAUUAAGACUUCAAUACAAGUAUAUGAGAAAUGGAA